AUGGCUGAGGACCUAGAUACAAGCAAAAUCAAAGACUGGCGAUCUAUAAUAACGUUGAUUGUUUUUUGCGUGACCAAUAUCGUCGUGCUUUUUCCUUUCCACGUUCCUAUUUAUGUCCCACGGUGGCUAUCCGACACGACCCUGUAUGGCCUGAGAACCUUGCGUAUAAUACCCUGCCGCGAAAAGCUGCCGCGAGACCACGAUAAGCCCGGCUCGUUCGUACGGCUGAACUUACCUCUUAAUUUUAUGACCGCGCCGUUGAUAGCUGAUCUGUUCCUUCUGGUGAUCCUGGCCAUUGGCCGACAGGAAGUUCACGAUGGCACUAUCGGAGCAGAAAACAUCUCUCCCAUUGACAUCAUGGCGUUCUUCCUCACACUAGCAUAUAUUGCGAUCUCGAUCGAUGCCUCCGGUCUGAUCCGAUACUUGGCCUUCAAAGUUCUCCAGAAGGGAGGUAAUGUCGGCCAUCGACUAUUUUUCUAUCUUUUCGCUUUCUUCUUUGGAUUAGGCAGCUUUAUUGGAAAUGAUCCCAUCAUUCUAUCGGGCACGGCUUUCCUUGCCUACAUGACCCGCGUGUCGAGCAAUAUUGUCCACCCUCGAGCUUGGAUACACAGCCAAUUUGCCGUUGCGAAUAUUGCUUCCGCCAUUUUGGUUUCUUCGAAUCCGACUAAUCUCGUGCUUGCCGGCGCUUUCGAGAUCAAGUUCAUCGUCUAUACGGCCAAUAUGAUCGUGCCGGUGGUUGCAACUGCGAUCGUCAUUUUCCCAAUCUUACUCUAUAUUAUCUUUGCCGAUACGUCUCUUAUCCCGGUAUCUAUCAAAAUGCACAAGCUGUCGGAAGAGGCUAUGAGCAGGAAACCUGUCAACCCCAAUAUUCCCAAUGCCAGAGGAAAUGCCGACGAAAAGGAAGCGAUCAAUAAUGAGCAUGGCAAACAGCUUUCACUGGAGGAGAUCAUGAAUCCUUUUUUGGAUAAAGGUGGUGCCGCUUUUGGUGCUGUGAUAAUGGCCACUACACUCAUCACUCUCCUUGCACUCAACGCAGCCAGCAAUUCAGGGCAAGAGCGUCCUGUGUUCUGGGUUACUUUACCUGCUGCUUUUGUCAUGUUCUGUUGGGACCUCACCUUUGGCUGGCUUCAUCGCCAUGAGACACGCGAAAUUGCCGCCAAAGGCCGCCGGGAGGUGGAACUCGCGCGAGCAGAGCGAGAAAGGCUCAAUUCUCUCCGUAAUUCUCCACAGCAAGCGGCAUUGGAUGGAACAAAGCAGAUGCAACGCCGCCAGACUGACCUCUCGUCGGAGAGUCAGGUUACUGGAUACUGCGCUGAGAUUGGGUUCUCCUUCGAUGCCGCUGACAGUCUGGCCAGCACAAAGGUGCCCCAAGACUGUCAAACGCCCAUACCAGGAUCAAUUCUUGUUGAAGAGGAACCUUUCCCAGGCCUAGAGCCACUGGCUGAUACCAUGACUACUUGUCAAGAUCUGACCCUCACAUCCUCUCCCAAGGCCAGGGAUGAAGUACGAGCUAAUGGACUCGACGAAGAGAAGCGAGGAGCCAUGGUUCAAACAGAGAUAGUGUCGCCACGCAACCUGGUAUCAUUGAGUGCUGAUACCUACCGGUGGCUGCAGGAGACAUUUCCAACUGUUACGGUCGUUAUCUCGCACAUGCCAUUCCCUCUUGUUCCUUUUGCGCUAUCCAUGUUUGUCCUGGUGCAAGCGCUUGUGACCAAGGGAUGGGUCCCUGUCUUUGCCUACGGAUGGGACCACUGGGUUAACAAGACUGGGACUGUGGGUGCCGUUGGCGGAAUGGGCUUUUUGUCUGUUAUUCUCUGCAAUUUCGCCGGAACAAACAUCGGCACAACCAUCCUCCUCUCGCGUGUUAUUCAAGCAUGGCAAGAAAUCCAUCGCAUCAGCGGGGUUCCCAUCAGCGACCGCACUUUCUGGGCCUCGGUCUACAGUAUGGCUUUAGGUGUUAAUUUCGGAGCAUUCAGCACGGCCUUUAGUGCAUCCCUUGCUGGUUUGCUAUGGCGCGACAUUCUGGCCAGGAAGCAUAUCCGUGUGGGUAGUAUCGAAUUUGCCCGCGUGAAUUUGCCCAUUAUAGCCAUUGCUAUGGUUGUCGGGUGCACUGUUCUCAUUGGAGAGGUUUAUGUCAUGAGAUAA